AUGGGAGCUGAAGGUGAAGAUGUUUGUGAAGUCUUCAAAGUGAGCCCGGCUGAAAAGGUGGAUUUGUUGCGGGGCUGCGGUUCCCGGGGGCCCGUGGGCUCCGGCCCGUGCGCUGCCCCGGGGCCGCCGAGGCUCAACACCGCCUCCAGCGGCGCGGGGCCCCGGGCGGGCGGCGGAACCGGGAGCGGCCCGAGGGCACGGGCCCGCCGGGAGGACGCAGGGGGGCACAGAGGGGGCACAGACCCUGCGGAACCGCGCGCUGCUGAACGCGGGGUGCUGGGCGGGAUCCCCCCGGGACGGAGAGCGCCGGCAGGGGCGCACAGCGGGAGGAAGGACGCCGGGGUGGUACCCCGGGAGGAGGAUGCUUCGGGGGGCGGGCGGGGGGCACACGACCCCGGAAAGGCCGGGAACGGGGAGAAAGGCGCGUGUGGGGCGCGGCGGUGCGGGUGGGCGGCGGCGCGGGGCUCGGCCCCGGCACGGCGCUGCCCGGGGUCGGGCCCGGCGCGCUCGCAGCCGCCCGCGCCCCCCGGGCCGCGGGGCGGAGCGCGGGGCGUGCCGCCGAACCCCCGCCCCGUGACGCGCCAUCUCCCGCGGGCGGUGCGCGGCGGCGACAGAGCGAGGCAGGUGCCGGCGAUGGCGGGUCGCGCCCAGCCCAGCGGCCCCGCGGGCAGCGGCGCCCCGGGGCUCCUCCCGCUGCUGCUGCUGCUGCUCUCCGCCGCCGCCAUCAUCCCCAGAGGUGAUGGUCAGAACCUGGUGACGGAGGACGUGACAGUGGUGGAGGGGGACGUGGCCACCAUCAGCUGCCGCGUCAAGAACAGCGAUGACUCGGUGAUCCAGCUUCUGAACCCCAACAGGCAGACCAUCUACUUCAGAGAUUUCAGGCCGCUGAAGGACAGCAGGUUCCAGCUGGUGAACUUUUCCAACAGCGAGCUCCGAGUGUCGCUGACGAACGUGUCCAUCUCUGACGAAGGGAGGUACUUCUGCCAGCUCUACACCGACCCCCCCCAGGAGAUCUACACCACGAUCACGGUGCUCGUCCCACCACGCAAUUUGGUAAUUGAUAUCGAGAAGGAAACCGCCGUGGAGGGAGAGGAGAUCGAGCUGAACUGCACCGCCAUGGCCAGCAGACCAGCCACCACCAUCAGAUGGUUCAAAGGCAACAAGGAGCUAACCGGCAAGUCAGAGGUGGAGCGGUGGUCUGACAUGUACACGGUGACCAGCCAGCUCCUGCUCAAGGUGGGGCGCGAGGACGAUGGGGUCCCUGUCAUCUGCCUGGUGGAUCACCCUGCGGUCAAAGACUUGCAGACACAGCGUUACCUGGAAGUUAUGUAUAAGCCUCAAGUGCGGGUUUCUCAGAAUUACCCCUUGCAAGGCCUGACGAGAGAAGGGGAGCCGCUGGAGCUGACGUGCACAGCCUUUGGAAAGCCACAGCCUACGGACAUGAGGUGGUUAAGAGUAGAUGAUGAGAUGCCUCAACACGUUGUAGUGUCUGGUUCAAACCUUCUCAUUAGUAACCUAAACAAAACAGAUAAUGGUACAUACCGCUGUGAGGCUUCCAACGCGGUGGGGAAAUCACAUGCGGAUUACAUGCUGUUUGUAUACGAUCCCCCCACAACUAUCCCUCCUCCCACAACAACCACCACCACUACCACCACCAUCCCUACCACCAUCACAGACACAACGGCGACGACAGAACCAGCAGUUCACGGCUUUACUCAGUUGCCCAAUUCGGCCGAGGAGCUGGACUAUGGGGAUCUCUCAGGUACAUCUGUCCCGCCCACAGCUCCAACCGAGGCUCUGCCGACUGAGCAAUUAAGUAAUGCAUCCCUUGCCUUCCUCCCAGAUUCCCGCGCAGGUGAGGAAGGGGCCAUACGGAGCGUGGACCAUGCCGUGGUUGGUGGCGUCGUGGCCGUUGUCGUCUUUGCGAUGCUUUGCCUGCUCAUCAUUUUAGGGCGAUAUUUUGCCAGACAUAAAGGUACAUACUUCACUCACGAAGCCAAAGGAGCAGAUGAUGCGGCCGACGCAGACACAGCCAUCAUCAACGCAGAGGGGGGACAAAAUAACUCCGAGGAAAAGAAAGAGUACUUCAUCUAGAGCAGCCUUGGUUCCCAUGAGGUGUCCAACUGUGGACGGUUACUACUGGCCCUAUUUAAACGCUACAAAGACAGUGAUCUUGGAAGUUGCAACCAGCUUGUGUCUUUUUUUUUUAAGGAAAAAAAAGCAAAUGGGUGGAGAGCGGUGAGGCCGGGAUGGUCUGGGAUUUGCUGUGUAAAAAUAUUCCUCGUAAAGUACACUCUGCUGUUCGACACCUCAGUUCGUUUGGGUUUUCUUUUUUUGGCCAAGUCCAGCUUGGAUUUAGUUUAGUGAAGUCAUUUGCAGAAGAUUCUGUGCCUUGUUUAAUUUCUGUUUGUUCGGGUCGGGGGGAGGCUGGGAAGAAGAGGGGCUUCUGUGCGUUAGUUCCCUUCGGGUUUCUGUGGCUCUUCGUUUCCCCUUUCCUGUUUCUGGAGUUGCCAGCUGGGACCCUGUGGAGUAGGUGCGUUUCUCUGAAGGUGUUUCCCCUUUUUUCUCUUCACCGGUUUCCGUUCAGAACUCGAGCUCAUCGGAGGAGAACCAGCACAUUUUAGAUGCGUAGUUUGCAGUUCAGUGUGCCCAUGUCCCGUUCCCCUGUUGCCGUCAGGGCUCGGAUAACACCCCCCAAGCCCCCUUUUGUGGCUGUUUCAGGUGCUUUCAAUGGUGGCGGCUGGGAGUGGGCUGGAGCUCGGCAGAGGCGCUGCUCGGCCGUGGGGAUGCAGGAGCAGGGUCCUUGCUGGGCAGGCAGAGCCCUCCUGGAUGUGGGGGCUUCUCCUCAUCCUCUCCCCGCUUGGCAGCCGUGGGGGCAGCAGGUGAAGCCCCUCUGAUGCUCUGUGAGCCCAGACCUGGAGAGCAGCUGGAUGAACAAAACUGCCUUUUUUUCCUACCUGCUGAGUAAAACGCGGGAAUCUGUGUUGAAACGAGCGUGCUAAUGACCACUAAAGCCAUAGGUGCACAGGAGACUCUGGCUCAAUCGGAAUUGUAAGCGACAGGUAGCAAACCGCGGCGGGAAGACGGUAUAAAGUUAUAUAUGCUGACUUUUUUUUGGUGAGUAAUCAUGGAUUUCGAGCGAUACUUUUUUAUUGUGUUUAUGUGGCAAAUGUAUCUGAUUUAUUUAAGGACAGCAUUAAUCUUAGUGUCAGGUUUGGGUAUUUUUUUAGGGGUUUUGGGGGGGGGCCAUUUUCGUGCGUUUGUUUUUUAAUUGCUGUUUUUUGGCAGAACCAUUACAAUGUGGGACUCCUUUGGGAUCGGGGCGCAGCAGGCAGGCCCGUUCCCCGGCAGUAUUCCGUCUUUCCCUUCUUCACGAGCAGAACCUCGCAAAGGAAAAAACAAACCUCUUUUUUCCGAGCAGCUUUUGUGGAGCGCAGCUCUUUCCUGAGCCCUCAGCACCAUUGCCAAACCCCAUCGCGGUGAGAAGCAGCCAGGCUGGAGCCGGGGGCUCCGUGGCCCGGCGGCGGCGGCACGGGACGGGCAUCCUGGCCUUGAGCAGCCCAUAUUUGUUUGGAAGUGUACCGUAGUGCAGUGUUACCGAUGUAACUUUGACUUACAAUGUUGACAUGUCUCAGGUUCAUGUGUUUGAUUGGUGUUUUCCGUCUCAGGUAGAUUGCAAAAUUUCGGCCCCACGCAUUGGAAAAAUAAAAAAAAAAAACAAACCCACGUAAAAACAGGAGAAAAAACAGGAAAUUAUUAAUUUUAGUUGUAUAUCGGUUUAUGUAUUUUUUCUUCAGUAUACAGUGCACUGUUGAAAUGUAUUGUUGAGUAUUACUUUGUACAGCUUUAGAUCAUUAGGACUUUGAAGCGUGAAAAAAGAACAACCUUGUUUAAAGGAGGAUCACAAAUGAAGAACGCGGAACUGAUGAUAAACAACCUUGUUCUUUAUUUACCCGGCCUUUUUAUUUCUUCCCCUUAGGCCAGUUCUGUUUUAAGGUGUCCAUGGAAGAUGUUACAGUGUAAGAAAAUACAUAUCCAUCUGUUCCCAUUCACAUUUUGUAUUGGUUCAUGUAUCCCAUUUUUACAAAGGAAAAGAAGUACUAUAAAAUAUCUGUCUUCUUAAUAAAAAAAAGUUAAUGUUACAAAACUA